AUGACUAACCAACCUAUCAAGCAGAUUCUAUAUCGGCCCGAGACCUCUGGGAGGUUGUUAAAAUGGGCCAUCGAGUUAAGCGAGUUUGAUAUCGAAUUCAGGCCAAGGACAGCUAUUAAGGCACAGGUUUUAGCAGACUUCAUCGUUGAGCUCACCACCCCGCCCGAGCUCCCACCAGGGGAGCAGGCAGAUUCGAAAAUUUUUGUCGAUGGAUCUUCAAAUGACGAAGGAUCCGGGGCGGGGAUCAUAAUGAUAGGUCCGAAUGAAGAAGAGUUGGAAUACUCACUGCAUUUUGAAUUCCCAGCAACAAAUAACGAGGCCGAGUACGAAGCAGUAAUCACGGGUUUGGGAUUGGCAGCCAGACUCGGGGUAACCUCAGUGGAAAUUUGCAGCAACUCUCAGUUGAUAAUCGGGCAAGUGACGGGGAAAUUCGAAGCAAAGGAUGGAAAGAUGGCUGCAUAUUUAAUGGAGGUCAAAAACUUGCAGAAGGGGUUCACUAAGUUUAAGAUAACUAAGGUCCCUCGAAAGGACAAUGAGCGAGCGGACGCGCUGGCCAAGCUCGCAUCAGCCAACCCCAGACGACUGCCUCGCACAGCCAGUGUGCAAAUUCUGCGACAACCUAGCAUCCAACACGUAAUCGAUGUUAUGAAUGUAGAAAAUGAGGAAAGUUGGAUAGACCCGCUGUUUGAGUAUCUCACAAAGAAUAAAUUGCCGGAGGAUGCUCUCACAGCCAGAAGGCUAAAAGUUCGGGCAGCCUCGUUUGCCAUCAUCAAUGGGCAACUCUACAAGCGAGGUUUCACAAUGCCAUAUUUGAAGUGUUUGCGACCGACAGAAGCACAGGAGGUGCUAGUCGAAGUACAUGCGGGAAUUUGUGGCAACCACCAAGGGGUGACUACCCUUGCGUUCAAAACGAUUCGACAAGGAUAUUAUUGGCCUAGUAUUAAGGAAGAUGCUAGAGAGUUGGUGAGAAAGUGCGACGCAUGCCAACGACAUGGAAAUCUGAUCCACAUUCCGGCCGAGCAACAGACGGCAGUUUUCGGGUGGGUGGAAGCUGAGCCUUUGGCCACCAUCACGACUGCAAAGAUACAGGGAUUCGUCUGGAAAAAUAUCAUAUGCAGGUUUGGUAUACCUCGGGUAAUCAUUACAGAUAAUGGAAAGCAAUUCGAUAAUCACAGUUUUAGAGCCUUCUGCACCAGCUACCACAUCGACGACAGGCUGACUUCAGUUGCUCACCCGCAGGCAAAUAGGCAAGCAGAAGUGACCAACCGAACCAUAUUGUGGGAUUUGAAGACAAGAUUAGAAAAAGAAAAAGGACUUUGGGCUGAGGAGUUGCCCAAUGUACUAUGGGCAUAUCACACUACCCCCCGAGAGUCGAUCGGGGAGACGCCAUUCAAACUGGCCUUUGGGAUGGAAGCCGUGGUUCCGAUUGAGAUCUUAAGCGAGACAGGAAGGAUGAAAGUCAAGCAACCCGACGACGCAGCAACUAGGGGAGAACUCGACCUCCUCGAAGGGGUAAGGGACAAGGCGGUGAUAAGAAUGAUGGCUUAUAAACGAAGAGCCGCUAAGUACUUCAACCGGAGAGUGAAGUCAAGGGUCUUCCAGCCAGGAGAUCUCGUUCUAAAAGAUGCAGCAGCGGCAGGACACCCCCCACCAAAGCUUGGUCCAAACUGGAAAGGCCCGUACGAAGUAAUUCGCAGGCUGGGAAAGGGAGCUUACAGCUUGAAAGAUAUAAAAGGAAAGCCGCUAGGUAGACCAUGGAAUGCAGAACACCUCAAAAAGUAUUACCAGUAG